CGACGGAGUACAGAGAAAGGGAAUAUGGCUAAAUGAGCGGUGGCCCGGAGUCAACAUUCAAAUUCUCCCUUUCUCUCCCCCCUACAGGUGCAGAAGAUUGCAGCCAUGGUGGUCAACCUCUGCCUGCCACACUUUGAAACUACUGUGCACUGCAACAAGCUUUGUGCGGAUGGAUAUGACGUGUCAAACUUGCUGUCAGGGGACCCAACAUUUCGCAGACGGGGCUUCAAGUUGGAGUAUUUUCUGCGCCCUCCUGUCCAGGUGACCUUGCAGUUUCAGGUGCGAGUAGAGGUCUGUCGUGUGGAUAUGGAGCUGUGGCCCUGUGGCAUGGACCUUGGCAGGGCCUCUCGAGGCUUAGAGAUCCACACCUCCUCUGCAGCUCUGCCUCCUAACCAAGCCCAGGGGCGAAGCCAGGAAGGAGGCCAGUUCCUUUUGGUGGGGCGCUGUGAGUUGAAGGACGAGGUGUCUGUCAGCUUCAGCCAGCCCUGCAUCCGGCCACGGCCCCCGUUUCCACGCCUGCCGCCCGAACCUUCCCCCGAGGCGAGGCGGGCAGAGCUGUGGAGCCGAGGGCCUCAGUCGCUGGGGGCUGUGACGCAGCUGCGCAUCUGUCUCCCUUACGGAGGGGCAGGCUCCGCCCUGGGGCUGCGGGCGCUGGCCGUGUGGGGGCUCCCUGCACGCUGCUGCAGUCUGCAGGACUUGGAGAGGAUGGUAAGGGCGCACAAGGACAGUCUAAGAGUGUCGGCUCCUGUGUCUCACUCACCCCAACCCUCCUCCUCCUCCCCUGACGGCCCCAUAACUGACACCCCCGGUUUGCAUGCCUCCAGCUCCAACACCCCCAUCCCUGAGGAGUUCCUGGACCCCCUCACACAGGAGCUAAUGACCCUGCCCUUGUUGCUGCCCAGUGGUGCUGUGAUUGACAGCAGCACCCUGGAGGAGUACCAGCGGCAGGAGGCGACCUGGGGACGACUCCCGAAUGACCCCUUCACUGGGGUGCCCUUUUCUGUUGACUCCAAGCCCCUCCCGUGCCCCCAGCUGAAGGGCCGCAUUGACCGCUUCCUGCUGCAGGCUGGGGGCGGGGGCCUUGGGGGGAAGGAGGGCCAGCUCGGGCGUACAGUGCAGCAGGAGCAGCCCCACCCCUCACGGCUUGCCGGCUGCCGUCCCCCUCAGGCACAGACACAGCCCCCCCUGCAUUCCAGCGGACGGCCCCAGAAUGGCCCCGCCCUGCAAAUGCCCACCUCCUCGCACUCAGGGCCUGUGCUAGAGAGUGCUGUAUGCAGACGAGGUGAUGGGGACAUGACCACUGAAAAGACUCAGGAAAGAACUUCUGCACAGAAUCAGGGGCCAGACUCCAGCAGCCAGACUGCAAUGCUUGUUCUCACCAGGAAGAGGGCACUACAGGUACAGAGGGACAGUUCUGGUAGCUCAGGGACUGGCCCUACCACACUUCCGCUCCAGGAUGUUGAAGGCAGCACACCUUCUUCUCCUUCAGACUCCCAGCUCCCAGCGAAGAAAGCAAGGACUGAAACACCUUCCAGCCCCCACCCCAGUUCAGGCAGCAGCUCCCAUGAGCAGCGUCUGGCUGAAAGCCUCGACCAGGCCCUCAACUCCGCUCUGAGUGGUUUCCCGGCAUUCACUUCACGCCACGGCCGGGAGUCCAGUGCAACAGAGAGUCAGGCAAGCAGGACCAGUGAAGGUGAGAGCAGUUGUGUGUCCUGCUCCUGCUCUCUGUCCCAGUACCACUCCAGUAUCUCCGCCUUCCGUCUGCCCUGUGGACACUUGCUUUGCCGCCCCUGUUUGUCUCUCAAGCAUCCUCCAAAAGUCCCCAGGCCCCCCCUGCGGUGCCCCACCUGCCAGACUCCUGCCCCGUCAAGUGCCAUCACACGAGUUCACUACUGAGAGCCCCACCGUUCUCCACUCCCUCCUAAUGAGUGUCCACAGUGAGACUCAGCAUGCAGGGAUAUGUAUGUGUAGUACCUCACAGGUUGGGCUCUGGGGCAGCGCUGCUGGAUGAGGAAUGAGAGGAGCCCUCAGGUCUCCCUCCCCACCCAUGGGGGACACGCAUGCCUGAACACUCUCACUCACUC